CGCAGCUGGGCUGGGGGUUCCUAGCGGCCUCGGCGGGCCCCAGGCCCCAGUGUCCCCACGAGCUGGAGGUGGCGGGAAGGAGUUGCCCCCCCAUCCUCCCCUGGUGGCUGCAGCCAUGGAGGACUCGGCUGGGAAAGUGCUCAGCUGUGAGGAGAAGGAGAAGUUGAAGGAAAAACUGGCAUUCUUAAAAAGAGAGUACAGCAAGACACUGGCUCGAUUGCAGCGUGCUCAAAGAGCUGAGAAGGCAAAAACUUCGAAAACUGAACAGAAUUGCAUGCUUAAGCAGGAAACCUCAAUACAAACAAACUCAGAGCCAGAAGACAAACUCUCUCUUGGUGAUAGAUUAGAAACAUGUACACUACAAAUUGAUGUCCAUCUUGAUGCUGAAACCAAGGAGAAAACAGCUGUCACACUUGACUUUGAGCAUGAAUUAUUGAGCUCAUCAGGAAUAUGUCCUGAACACAUAGGUGAUAACUGCCAGGAAAAUUUCCUUUAUAGCAUCACUGGACCAGAUAAUGAGAAAAAGCAAAAUAAACAGCCAUUGAAUAGAAUGAAGAAUCGAAAAAAGACACCAGUCUCAAAAGGAAGUGAAUCUUUCUUUGGCUCUGAUUCACUUAUAAAUACUAGACAAAGACAACAAAAACAAGUGUUUGCUAUAAAAAAUUCUGAGUUACCAGUGUUUCAGAUAAGAAAUCAGUUUUCAUGUGUUGAAAGUGAGAUCCAGAAUUCUCCCAGAUCAAUCACAGAAAUCAGUGAAUAUCUUGUUCCAGCUGCUGAACUCAAAAAUGAUGCCACUGCAAUUUUGAAAGAAAAUAGUUUUCCUAAGAUGGCUCCGCUUUCUUUGCAUGAUCCUUUGGAUGACAGUAAUAUUCAGCAACUUGAGUGUGUUCCUCUUGAAGAAGUCUGUGAUAACUAUAAACUGGCUACCCAGUGUUCGAUGAACCUUAUUCAUGUUUCACCUAAAAAAUUAGAGGAAGGAGGGAAAGAAUAUGUUAUCUCUCCAGGUGACCACAUGAUCAAUGAUGACAUAAAUGUGGAUGAAAAGAUGUCUAGCCCUCCCACCUUGCCAUCAGAUGGCAAAGCAUUUUCCAUAAAUGAACUCAAUCAUUCAUUAAGCAAAAACACACAUUUUGAUGAACAGAAUCAUAGCUUGAAGCCUUUAGAAUCAUCUGGUAACCUACUUGAUAAUAGAGGUGAAAAUUUUGAAAAGAAAGAGGUCCUAAGUGAGACUGUGAGUCCUACCACAGAAAUGAUCUCUCCUGGUCCUACAGAAAAUCCAUUAAAUUCUUGUACAGUGCUUGAUGGUCUUCUGUUUCCUGUGGAGUAUUAUGUUAGGACGACACGACGAAUGUCAAAUUGUCAGAGGACAGUUGACCUGGAAGCUGUAAUUCAGAGCCAAUUAGGUGUAAAAAGAAAAGGAUUUAAGCCUAAAUCUAAGCAGGUAACUAAAAAUUUAGAUCUGUCCUCCCAACAGCAAAUUGAACUUCCCUUAUCUGACCAAGGAAAUUCAAGUAGUCCUUUCCAAAAGUCUUUCUCAUCAACCACUGAAGGCAGCCCGCCUGUUUUGCCCACUAAAGACAAUGAUUUUGCUCUGAAUGCUUGUAAAAGACGAUCAAGGAGAAGACACAGAGGGAGAAGAUUCUUUUACAAAAAAGGAAUAAAUGAUCGGGACUCAGAGCUGCAAGUUUCUGAUAAGGUAGAUAUUAAAAAAAACAAGGAAGAUGUUGCCUUGUGCAAUGAAGCUCCAAGGAAAAAAGAACAUGCUCAGAGAAAAAAAACAGUCACAGAUAAAUCAAGGUGUAUCCUUGCUAACAUUGACAAAAAAGCACCCGCAUCAAUAACACAAGGGAGACAAGAUUGUAUUCAAAAUAAGAACCUUCAUUGUUCCAUUGGUAAUGACUCCUUGAUUGUGGAUAAUACCAGUUUUGAUCUUUCAUUUCAUCUUAAGAAUGAGAUGCUCGGUUUUGAGAAGUUGUCAUCAUGCAUCAACAUCACUGACUUUGACUUGCCUGAUGAGGACUUUGGUUUUCUUAAGCUUGAGAAAUUGAAGUCUUAUUCAGCAAAACAAAUUGAACCCUUUGAUUCAGGGGAUGGUGGAAAAAAGUGUAAUGAUGGAGAUGGUCUUAUUUUGGAGGAACUGGUGCCUAAAAAGAUAGUUACAGAAAAGAAGAAUUUAGCAGAGGAUAUUAUUACUGGAACAAGAAACUCACAGCCAAAAAAGCCAAAGAGUAUUCCUCAAAAUAUGCUACUUUUCACACCUUCUAGUACUAACCUACCUGCUACAAAUAACCAGCUUGAAGCAGAUGUGUGUUCUCCUAUUUUCCCUAUUGUAGGUGCCACUCCAGUUUUUGGUUCCCAAAUUCACAGUGGAAAUGUGGCUACAGAAAUUACUGGACCUACUUUUUGUACACCUAGGCAUCCUUACUUAAAAAAACCAGACAGUCUUACUGGAGAUAAUCAGUGUAACAAUUUACCCAGUGCAUUGAAAUUGGACGCUAACAUGCAUUCAUUAGGUAGGGAAAUCAAAAAACAGCCUGACCAAAUAGUACCUUCUUCUGAAAGAAAAUUUGACAGUGACGGUGGUUCUCAAGAAACUCUUCCACCUAUUGACUCAAUCACUUUCAAAGAAAGACCACUGUUGGGAAGCACUUUCCAGGCUAAAGUAGCAGAAGAUCCUGCUGAAAUUUGGUGUGAUAGUUUGAAACUGGGUAACCUACAGCUAGUUUCAAAGUUAAAGAAUCCUUCAGAUUCCUGUUCUGUGGAUGUGAGUACUGUGUGGUGGGAAGUAACUGGCUGUAAGGAGUCAUGUAUCAUAACUGCCUGUGAAUUUACAGUUUCUCUCUGGAAAUCUCUCGAUAACUGGCAGUGGAGAAAAGUUUACACAUGGCACUUCACAGAGAUUCCAGUACUACAAAUUAUUCCGCUUUGGGAUGCUUGUAAUCUUGUGUGUGUUGCUUUGGGACAUCUAGAGAUUAGAGAAAUCAGAUUAUUGUUUUGUUCUGAUGAUGAAUGCUUAAAGCAGUCACUUGUAAAAUCUGGAAAUAUAAAAGCUGUGCUUGGACUUAGACACAAGAGGCUAGUCUGUAGCAAUGGGACACUUCAUGAUCACCAAGUAGACCUCAUGACCUUUUCAAGAUCUGGAAGAAGUAAAGAAAAGCAGACAUUGAUGUCUCCAGAAGAAACCAUCCUGGCUUUUGCUGAGGUUCAAGGAAUGCAAGAUGCUUUGCUUGGCACAACUCUGAUGAGCAAUAUUGUUAUCUGGAAUUUAAAAACUGGUCAACUUCUGAAAAAGAUGCAGAUUGGUAAUUCCUACCAAGCUUCAAUCUGUCACACAGCCUAUUCUGAUAUGGGGCUCCUGUUUGUUGUUUUAAGUCAUCCUCAUGGCAAAGAAAUCGAAUCAAUGGGAAGUCCUGUAUUUCGGCUGAUUGUAAUUAAUCCUAAGACAGCCCUAAGUGUUGAUAUAAGGCCCUACUCACUUCCUCAAGGCCAUACUGGAAGGUUUCUGGAUGGCGAGGUGAAGGAUAAUUUAGCAGCAGCUGUACUAACUUCUGGAACAAUAGCUGUUUGGGACUUGUUUCUAGGACAUUGUACCGCUCUGCUUCUGCCCAAUUCUGAUGGAAAUUGGUCUUUUGUUAAAUGGUCGGGUACAGAUUCUUGUCUACUAGCUGGACAGAAAAAUGGAAGUGUGUUUGUGUACAGCUACAUAUGAGGUUAGGCCAAGAGGAAUGCAAAUGGAUCCAUGGACGUAUGUGAAUGCCUUCAAUACCUGUGGGAUUGUAACUCAAGAGGAAAGUGAUGGUCAUCAUUUUGAAGCAAAUCAAGUAUCUUUCUGCCUGAUAAAUUCUCCCACUCAAAAAGCUGAGGUAGUUUAAUUUCAACCUUGUUUAUUUUUGGUUCUGGGGUGUAUGCUGACUUUGAAUGUUUCAUUAAUACUGGGGUUUUUUAUUGUAUAAUUUGGUUGAUAUUUUUCCUCAGUUCCACAUUUGCACUGAAAUGAACAAUCUAGCUGAUAACUUAAACUUGUAGUACUAAUAAAUUUUAGUUUUGUAACA